AUCGGUGAAUUCACCGAGAGUAUUUCCUGAACUGCAUUAAUAAAUGCUAAAAGCUAUACGUAAGAAACGGAUGAACGAUUACACAUACACAAGACUUUCGAAAUUUUCUGGUAGCGCUGUUGGGUAAUUAACUGGUGAUUUAGCCGAUAGUCGCAGGGUAGUUAUCAUUGAUAAGGCUCUCUGAUUGAAACAUUAUCUAUACACAUAUGUGCAUGUAUAUUCUGUUUUCCUAAAUGCCGCCUUAUUUAUGAUUUUGAAUCCCACACACAAAACUUUUUUUAAUUCGUAUAAACAGAUGUUAAGCUUGCAAUUUACAUAUCCUACCCUGCAAUAGCCUAUCAGGUUUAUAGUUUUGAUGAUUAUGGUCAAACUUUGGUAGAAUGCUGUCUGCUCGGGAUAACAUUAUCAAGAUAACAACAAUUGCUGUAUAUAGUAAUGGUAAGUUAUCAGCUGUUAUUCAAUGAAUAGUGUUGUAAUUGUGUGGACAGAACGUGCUUAAAACUCAGCAACAUACUUGCAAUUAUCAAAUGAACUUAUAAAUUAUGCUAUUAUUCUGUCCGACUUGCGGUAAUAUAUUAAUGGUCGAACAAGAUACAACAGGACACCGCUUUACUUGUAGUACGUGCCCAUAUAUUUGUAAUAUCAAGCGAAAAACUUCAACACGAACAUUUCCACGUCUUAAGGAAGUUGAUCAUGUUAUGGGUGGAGCAGCAGCUUGGGAGAAUGUAGAUUCAACUGGAGUCGAGUGUCCCGUUUGUUCUCAUAAAAAAGCUUAUUUUAUGCAAAUGCAAACUCGCUCUGCCGAUGAACCUAUGACAACAUUUUACAAGUGUUGCAAUCAACUUUGUGGCCACAAUUGGCGUGAUUAAAUAGUCGAUUUAUGUAUUAAUCCAAUUUGCAUAUGCUCUCAUAAUACAUUGGAAUGAAUACAAGAAUAUCAACGUUUCUGAGAGUUUUCUAUCAUCAUAAUUAUAAACACGAUUUUUCCACGUUCACAAAAAUGUUACAACCUCCAGGGAAGAAAAUAUACAAAGUUCAAGAUUUACAAGCGUUGCACAUAGCGGUUGAAUGUAUCUUAGAUGGAGCAGUAAUUGGCUUGCCCACAGAUACUGUGUAUGGAUUAGCAUGCAAUGCGAAUAAUGAAAAGGCCAUUCAAAGACUGUACAAUAUAAAGGGACGCGAUUGUUAUAAGCCAGUAGCUAUAUGUGUGAAAAAUGUGGAGGCCUUUCGGCAGUACGGAAUCGCAGAUCAUUUAAAGGACUCAUUACUUCAACGUCUGCUUCCGGGCCCAAUUACAAUAAUCAUCGAACGUUCAAAGCAUCUUACUAAUCGUUUUUUAAAUCCCAACACAACAAAAAUUGGUAUACGCAUUCCGAAGUUUACUUUUAUACAUCAGUUAUGUUCAUUAUUUGAUGAACAACCACUUGCAUUAACUAGUGCUAACCGAUCCGCCGGACGUAGUAGUUUAAAUAUAAAUGAAUUCGAAUCCUUGUGGCCUAAACUUGGUGGAAUAUUUGACGCAGGUCCCAUAGGUUUAACUGAUGAUCGGCGUUCAGGAUCCACUGUAGUUGAUUUAUCUCAACCAGGUGUGUACGCAAUAAUUAGAGAAGGCGUAGCCCUUAAAAGUACUGUAGAUAUUCUACAUGAAUUUAACAUAAAACCAAAUAAAAUAUAUUAAAUAAAAUGCAUUCUGGAAAAAUACAAAAUUAGAAAA